AUCGGAGGCAGCGCACGUCCCUCCCCUGCGACCAGGCCCCCGGAGGAGGGCUGGUGUGUGUGUGUGGGGGGGUGGGAACCGUCCUGGAGGCCAGCCUGGCUCCCUCUCUUCCAUCUUCCGGUGCGGGGUGGCGUUAAGGCUGGCGACGUAGCCCGGUGGGGCCGGGACCCGCCGGAGGAACCGCAGGCGGGGAGGGGGUUGUGGCUUACUGUGGCGAGAGGCGGCCUGCGGGGCGGGGCGUGCGCGCAUCUCUAACUGGAGUGGCUGCGCCCUGUGUCCCCCGCCGAGCGCAUGCGCACUCCAGUUCGCGCCUGGCUUUCAGGCACAGGAGCUGCACCGCCCCGGGGCCAUACGCCUCUCUCUUCUCCGCUGCCCACGGUUUUCGCGGCCUGACAUUCCUGCUGGCUUUUCUGCCCUCGCUGCCCUCGGGACUGGCUUCCUUUUCUUCCCGUUCUCCCCUCCACUCCCAGCCAUAUCUGACCCAGACACCUUCUGGCCAAACACCGCGACGAUACAGGGUCACACGGGCAUAUCCCCAACUGCGGCCUCCCUGCCCACCGCACCUCCAGUUACCACCCCCCACCCCCCCGGAAUCCAGCCUCCUCUUUAUGCUUUGGCACCUUUCCUCGCUUUGCCAGGAGGGGGCCCCCUUCGUCCUUGGAUGUUUCCCCCUGCUGCCACAGCAGACACAGAUAGGCUGGUCUUCCCUGGCGCACUGCAGCAAGGGGACGUGCCCUGUCCCACAGGAGCCUUGCCACGCUGCCUUGACUUCCCUACACGGAUCUGCCUCCCUUACCAGACUCCUUGCCUCUUGAGGAUGCAGCCGAGCUCUGUUCUCUCCGUCCCCAGAACACAGUCCUGGCUCGGAGCGGGCAUCAACACAUGUAUUUAAAAAUGAGUAAAUGGAAGAUUGUAAGCGUUGGGUAGAUGCUGGGUGUGCUGAGGGUCUGGAUGGUUGAGAGUUCAUCUGAGAAGGCUUCUCGGAGGAUAGACUGAACAGACUCUGGCAGGGGAGAGAUGUGACCUGGUGCAGCCAGAGGAUGUUGGGGGAGCACCAGAGGGACAUCCUCUACUAACUCAACAAUCAUCGAACAACUUCUAUUGUCAGGCCUCAUGCUGGGCACAGGGGACUUCAGCCUGCGCUCCAGUUGCUUCCCCUGUAGUAGAGGAGGAAGACAGGAUAGGCUGCGCCAAUGCAGAGUGCCCGGGGUCUCACGGUGAGCACACAGAGACGCUGCAGUGUAGAGGGGCGCCUGGCUCCGGGGAGGGGAGGGGCUCAGGCUUCCCUGAGAGCAGAGGGAGAGCCAGUGCAAGGGGCAGUCGAGAGAGGAGGCUGACAAUGGAGCCAACCUUAUCAUAAAGGCUUAUACAUCAAAGGAAAGAGAUGGACUCCAUAUCCUGGGCGCCCGGGGAGCCACGGACAGCUUGCACAAAGUCAGGGGAGUGACAUGAUCUAGUCCUGCCGGCCACACUCCAGCAAUGCCUCUGCUCGGACCCUCUCAUCCGAGAAGCCUUCUCUAAGCUCCCUGUCAGGCUGGACCCCUCCUCUGUGCUCCCCUGGCAGCCUGUCCACUUCCCCUUCUCUGUGCAGAGGUUGAAUACCUCUGCCUUCCGUAGCUCCUUGGGACUUGAGACCAGGUCUUAAUCUCCUCCGUGUCCCAAGCACCAGGCACUGAAUCUUCCUCAUGACCAAAUGUUUGCUGAAUGAAUGGAUUGCUCCUUUUUUCUCUGGAUUUCUAGAGCCCUUACUCUGAGGUCCGCAUUCUUUCAUACCCAGGACCUGUGGAGUAAGCUGAAAAUGGCAUUUAAUUGGAAAAGAGGAGUCUAGAUUCAAAUCCUGGUUCCAUCAUUCACUGGGACAAGUCACUUGACUAUCUUGAAAACAGUUUCCUCACCUGUAAGACGAACAGUCUAGGAGUCCCCACAUGCAUGCAGGAGUCUUGUUUCUCUGGGUAGACGGCAUGCCAUGAACAUUUUCCCCAGGACCUAGCUUGGUCUGAGCUUACAGGGAAUAUGAUGCUCUGUUCUAUUGGUUGGUAGACAGCAGAGUACAGAGUAGGAGGGAAAGAACAAUUAAGGUGACGUUGUAAGUCCUGUUCUGCCACUUCUGGUGUGACUUUGAGCAAAGUUCUUCUCCUCUCUGAGUCUUCUUUGCCUUACCCUGUGAGUAGGGAUAGUAACCCUCACCUGGUCGACCUCACGAAGCCAAUGGAAGCCAUGAAUGUGAAAGUGCUUCCUGAAUGAAAGGGUUAAUAUAAUAGAUAAUUGACCACUAAUUUUAAAAAGUAACCAAAGUAGUGCAGUUGAGGUGUGUCUGGUAAUUGGCAGAAAUGCCCCAGGUAUGUGCUGACUGCCUCUGAGGGGCAGAGAGGCUGGCUUGCUGCUCUCCAGGCAGGAGUGGGCUGGGCAGGGCGCUGAGGUGUUUCGUCUUGUGGGGGUCAGCCCUGAGGCCCAGGAGAACCUGGGAGGAGGCGCUUCCUGGGGAGGGAGUUCGCAGCCAGCCCUUGGCUCCUUCUCCUUCCUCCCUUCCCUGAUUUCUCAGGCAGCAUUCUUCCUGUCUUACGUUUGGAGGGGCCCUGAUGUGAAGGGGUCUCAGGAGUCCAGAGGGUCUUGGUAAAUGGCCUGGGGGAGCAGUGAGCCCCACCAGGCUGCCCUGAUAAACUCCCAGUUCCAAACUCCAAACCCAGCCCCUCCCAGCCUCUAACAUCUCCGUGACUGGGUUUAUGGGAAAGGACCCUACUCUGUCUUAACUCUUGCCCAGACCAGAAGGGCCCAGGGCUAGACACAGGCUGAGUGGAGGCAGAGGAUCAACUUCCUCCCCUCUCAAAUGACUGACGAUUAAAUGAGGAAGAGGUCCUGAAAACACCUUGGAACUUGUAUAUUUUCCUCUGGGUGGGGGGGCAGGAUUACUGUUUGUGGGUAGCGUGCUGGCAGCAAACAGCGGGGCCUCCCUGUUCCAGAGAGCCCCUGGGCUCUUUCUCCCAAAGAGACUUCGUGUCACAAGCAGUCUGUGUGUACGGAGUGCAUGUUUGGUCUUAGAGGAAGAGUGGAGCCAGCCAUGCUGUGAGAAUCGUCAGGCCCAGCUGAUUCCCCACCGCCCUGAGGGACUGGGAGGUGUGAGAAGCCCGGCCGGCUGCUCCCACAGCGGGAGGCUGAUGCUGCCCUCCAGGGCUGGCCAACCCAGCUCCUCCUUGGUCUCCUACUCCACAAAGCUCCUCCUGCCCAGAGCUGUGUCCUGAGCCGAGAAAGCACCAGACUGAGAACCCAGCCACAGGAUUACCUUCUAUGCACCUAGCAUGUGACUUCGAGCCAAUGUCUCAGUUCUCUGAACCUCAGUUUUCUCAUCCAUAAAAUCAUGACAGCACCAUCUUCUGAGGUCGUCAGGAUCAGGAGAGAGAACACAGUGGAAGGGGCUUGUGAACUAUCCACUGUCCUGUCCACGUUGUGUGGUGUCCACGUUCUAUGCUGUCCAUGUUCAUUUCUAGUUUCUCACCUCUUCCUCUGCGGGAGCUGGACCUGCUUGUUCUGGUCGAGGCCUGUCAGAACAGGACCUUGGGGGCACCCCAACAGCAGCUCUGUCCUGAGGGAGUGAGCGCAGCUGGCAGGACAAAGGAAGCUGACUCCAUAGCCGUCUCUUCUGAGCUUUCUACCCCUCAGGGACCCUCUCCCCCUGGGCUACUCCUGGGGAGUGAGAGGGUUACCUUUCCCCAGCAUUCUUUUUUAUUCAAAAAGAAUAGAAUAGAAUUCACCACAUGGGCUGGAGGGAGGUCUGCACUAUAGGCAAGGGGUAGAGACAGAGGGUGUGGAAACUGGCCUGCGGGCUCACUUGCUUGGCUAUUGCCCUUCCCCGAGACACUCAUCCUCAGCAGCUUUGUCUUUACCUCCUGGUCUCCGCCAUCUGCCUCCUGUCUCUCUCACUACGGUCAGUGAAACAGUGUUGGGAGGGUGCGGUUCGGGAAUGAGGUCCGGUGAACAGGAACUGCCUGGUCCCUGGGAACCUCUUUUGGGACUCUUUGACCUUGGGAACCCUUUACCCCUCUCCCCUGAGCCCCAGAUCCGUGCACCAGUUUCUUCCUGACCAAUGACGAGAGCUGUCUCCAGAUGAAUGAAUUUUCCUGGAAGGAUGUCACCAACGCCUUGUCCCUGGCCAACCUGAUCCUGGGGCUCUUCUCCAUCUUCUGCAGCUUCUGCAAGAGAUGCCACUGUGCCUCCUGGAUGCUUCUGAUCAGCUUCCUGUUAGACAUGGCAGUCGAGGCGAUAACCAGACACCUCAGCCUCUGCUCCAAGUCAGGAGUGGAGCUGAAUGACUUUGCGGUCUACACCACCUUCGGCUUGGCCUCAGCCAUGCUCCUCGGCGUGGACGGGCCUCUGAGCGGGUUCCUGGGCAUCAUCUAUGUGUUAGCUGCUACCUUCCGCCUGUGUUUCUAUUCAACUGCAGGCGCUCAGCUCACCUACAAGGGUCUCCCCUGCCGCUACGCUUCCUGUGUCUUGGCCUCCACCUCCCUUCUGACCAAAGGCAACACAUUCAUUCUCUCUUGCAUGGCCUCACUUAUGAUUCUAUUCAUGAUGGACCAGAGCUACUAUCCACAUGAUGAAAUCCUGGAGUCGGAGAACUGGAAAAAAAUGGUGUAUCUGGGAGGUAUCAUCAUGCUGCUUUUGUCUCCAUUCUCCCUAACUGCCUUUUACUGCCUGCUGUGGUCACUCUCCUACAUCUUCUUUCCAGAUGCUCUGUGGGGCAAAGCAGCAUGUCUCAGGCUACAGUGUCGAGAAAACUGAACAGCUUUACCCACUGCCGCUGGCCUCUGUGUGGUCUUUGUGCCGGCACAUCGGGCCAAGCCUUGACGUAGCCUCACUAAACCUUUUCCUGUCUCCACGUCUCCUGUGUGCUGGAUAACGUAUGGCCUUGAACCAGAGCAACCCAACAUCGGGCCAGCGGCCUUCACUUUCUCCUCUUGCUCAGGGUUCUGAAUCCCUUGGGGACAACAGUGGUUUAUGUCCUAAAGAACAGAAAGUUUUCCAAGCUGAAGUUGGGCCUGGCUGACUUCCAGCCCUGGUACCAGAUGUGGGUCCUGGUGCACUCAGGUCAGUCCUUUGGAAAGGAGGGAAAACCUUUGGAAUUGGUCUCCACCUUGGUCUGGUUGUUAAGGCUCCAGGGGCGGAACGGGGCUUACUAAAGUGGUUCUUAAACUUGCCGGCUCUGGUUCUGUAGAGCUCGUCACGGGACAAUGGCGUUGCCCAGUGUCAAUGUGCAUAGGCUUUUGUGACUUAAAAUUCUGUUUUUGAGCAGUCACAACUUUUGCCUUUUGCUUCAGUGAAGAAAUUAGACACCCUGGCAGCUUGAGGGCACCACCUGGCUUCCUUCCUUCUGUUUUUUUCCUAAAUCGUAAAACAUUAAACUCCUGAUGUUCAAAUGCCACUUUGUAUUCUAAAAUCCAAAUUGAAUAAAAAUAAAGAGUAUUGUAUGGAA